AUGUUAUUCAAAUCAUUAAGCUCAUCAUUUGUUUCAAAAAAUGAAAUUAAAUCAAAUAUUAAUACUUGUAAUUUAUGUUAUUCCAACGAUUCUAAAGAUACAAAUUCUGUAGCUCGUACAAUUACUGUUUAUAAAACAAGUACUCAUGCAUUUUAUACUCGUCCACAAAUUAAUUUUUAUUAA